UUACCCUUCCCCGGCACACCGAUUUUCCUUGUGUUUUACGGAUAGUUCUUUGUCCAAAGGUUCUAAACUGAAUCCCUCUUACUCCUACUCUCAAUCUCAAUCCCCAACUUCCUGAAAUCUCUGCAACGAAAUCGUUACGAUUCGAUUCGCUUUUCAAAAUGUCGAGUAGCUGGAGAAGAACGUUAGGGAACGCAAGAUCCUUCGUUAACAAUUCAAUGGGCGGUCUCAGAGGAGGAAGUAACCUCGCUUCUUGGGUUGUCGCCGGAACCCUAGCUUACUUCCUUUGGAUUAAACCCUCCCAAGACCUCAAACGUGAACAACAGGAAAAAGCGGCUCUUGCUUCCUCUGAUUCAUAUCGAUAUGUUGAGACUCGAAAACCUGUUCCUGAUCCUCAAGUUACAGGUUUGAUAUAUGGAAACAACAACAAAGACAAUUCAAAUAGGACACAGGAUUAGCUUAUAGCUUGAAACAAACUGCAGCGAGACUUAUACUAUUUUUGGAUACAGGGCCAGUUUCAACUUGCUGUGGCUCUCCCUUAGUUUAUCUCUAAUAAAGGUUACAAUUUGUUGUAUAAAUGUUGCUGGAAAAAAAACUGUAUUAAGGAUAUAUAGUAAGUAAAAUUGUCUGUUUUACAUAUCAGCAGUGCUCUGCUCUUCACUUCAAACUUUACAGUGUAAUUUCUUGAGUUUUGAGGAUGAAUGUUGAUAAUAGUAAAGUAUUAAAUAUGAAGAAAUGUUUGGGAUA